AUGAACACUGCCUGUCCCCUCUUACUGUCUGUGAUAUCGUCUCUUGUCCUGUGCUCUUGGGGUUCCUACCCCACACCGAGCACAUGCUCGGCUCUAGCCUCUGGAGUUCUCUACGGAGCUUUCUCUCUUAAGGACCUGUUUCCUGUGUUCUCCCCUGGCUGCUCCUGGACCCUGGAGAACCCUGAUCCCACUAAGUAUACCUUAUACCUGAAGUUUACUCACGAGGAGCAAGUGUGCUCACAUCUCUCCCCCAUGGUGCAGCCUUUGGAUCAUUACUUGCCCAAUCACACCUGCAGCCGGCCUGAGGAAGGGGCAGAGGAGGCCAGGGAACUCUGUGUUCCAAAUUCACCUUUCACUUUCUCACAUUUUGACAAGAACUUCCUGCGUCUGUGCCUGUCUGAGCAGCCCCUGUCCAUCCAACUUUUGCCCGACUCUGUGUUAAACUUUCGGUUUGUGGAGGUGUUAUUGGUUAACCAUGAUAAUUCUAGCCAGUUUGCCUGUGGAGUGCUUUGCCGUUGGUUUGAGGAGUGUUUGAAGGCUCGGGACUGGGGAGUGCUGUGUGCAUUGACACAGACUGGCUGCACCUGCCCAGAGACCGUGGCACAUGGGCGCAAUGACACAGCUUCUAAUGCCAUAGCCCCAGCAGGGCACAGUGAUUGUUGUGUCACCCAGCUCCUUCCAGGAAGCAGUAAUGAGGUAUCAUAUCCUCGGCCCAUCUCAUAUGGUGAUGACGACUUGGAAGAAAAUCAGAAAGUCAAAACUCAGAGGCCAAGGUCAGCAGAUGAGCCUGCAGUAUACAUGGCACAAACAGGAGAUCCUGCAGCGGAAGGUUGGUCGCAAUGGGGAGUUUGCUCCAUGACCUGUGGCCAGGGAUUACAAGUUAGAACAAGAUCCUGUGUAUCAUCACCAUAUGGGACGCUGUGCAGUGGUCCACUGAGGGAGACACGGACCUGCAACAACACAGUGCCCUGCCCAGUGGAAGGGCAGUGGCUGCACUGGGGUCCAUGGGGGAGAUGCUCAGUGACAUGUUCUAAUGGGACACAACAGAGGAGCAGGAAGUGCAGCAGCACAAGCCAGGCUGGCGGAGAGUGCAAAGGGCAGCUAACUGAGAACAGGGAGUGCAGUAACCCGGACUGCCCAGAGGAUGGAAAAUGGGGCCCGUGGAAUCAUUGGAGCUUGUGCUCCAAGACAUGUGACGGUGGUUUGCAGAGUCGUUACCGGAUGUGUCAGGGAACAGGCGUGCAAGGAUACCCGUGCGAGGGCUCCGGGGAGGAGGUCAGGACGUGCAAUGAAAUGAGAUGCCCAGCACUACAUGAGAUAUGUAAAGAUGAAUACAUCAUGUCUGUGACCUGGAAGAAAGUAGCUGCUGGGGAAAUAGCUUAUAAUAGGUGUCCUCCGAAUGCCACAGGAUCUGCAAGCAGACGUUGUCUUCUCAAUUCCCAGGGAGUUGCCUACUGGAGUUCUCCAAGCUUUGCCCGCUGCAUCUCCCAUGAGUACAGACACCUUCACCUUGCACUCCGGGAACAUUUGGCUAAGGGUCAUCGUGUGUUGGCCGGGCAGGGUAUGUCGCAGGUUGUCCAGAGCAUGUUGGAACUGCUCUCUACAAAAAACUACUACAGUGGAGACCUUCUUUUCUGCGUGGAGAUCUUACGCAAUGUGACCGACACAUAUAAAAGAGCCACAUACACCCCAUCUUUUGAGGACAUCCAGAAGUUUUUCCAUGCUGUCAGCCACAUGCUGGAUGAAGAGAAUAGAGAGAAGUGGGAGGACGCUCAGCAGGUGGCACCAGGUUCCGUUCUCUUGAUGAAGGUACUGGAAGAUUACAUCCAUCUGGUUGGAGAUGCACUGAAACCUUUCCAGAGCUCCAUCAUCGUCACAGAGAACUUGGUUAUCAGCAUCCAGAGGGAACCUGUCUCUGCUAUUUCCAGUGAUAUUAACUUCCCCAUGAAAGGGCGACGUGGCAUGAAUGACUGGGCUAGAAAUUCCGAAGAUAAACUAUUCGUUCCUAAGGAGGUGCUUAGUAUGCCCCCAACAGAAACAGACGAGUCUGCAUAUUUUGUGAUUGGUGCAGUACUGUACCGUACUCUUGGGCGCAUUCUACCCCCUCCCGGGAAUUCCCUGGCUGUCAGUUCUAAGGUUCUGACUGUAACUGUUCGACCCCUAACCAAACCAGCAGAGCAACUAGUAGUGGUGGAGCUGUCUCAUAUCAUCAAUGGUACCUCCAGCCCCCAAUGUGCAGUUUGGGAUUAUUCCAAAAGCGAUGCUUCUACUGGGAAUUGGGACACUGAGAGCUGCCAAACUUUGCCAUCUCAAUCGUCUCUCACCAAAUGCCUUUGCGACCAGCUUUCCACCUUUGCCAUCUUGGCACAAUUGCCAAAGGAACUGGUGAUGGAUGUAAGUGGAUCUCCAUCUGUGCCCCUGAUGAUAGGCUGUGCUGUAUCCUGCAUGGCACUGCUGAUCCUGCUUGCAGUAUAUGCUGCAUUUUGGAGGUUUAUCCGCUCUGAACGCUCUAUUAUUCUUCUCAACUUCUGCCUGUCCAUCCUUGCCUCCAACAUUUUAAUACUCACAGGACAGUCCCAGGCACUUAGUAAGGCUGUCUGUGCCCUCAUUGCUGCCUUCCUACAUUUUUUCUUCCUGUCCUCCUUCUGCUGGGUGCUGACAGAGGCGUGGCAGUCCUACCUGGCUGUCAUUGGGCAGAUGAGGACACGUUUGGUCCGUAAACGCUUCCUGUGUCUAGGGUGGGGGUUACCAGCUUUAGUUGUUGCAGUUUCUGUCGGUUUCACCCGAACUAAAGGUUACGGGACACCACAUUACUGCUGGCUCUCUUUGGAAGGUGGUUUACUCUAUGCCUUUGUGGGACCUGCUGCGGUGAUUGUCUUGGUGAACAUGCUGAUUGGAAUCAUAGUCUUCAACAAGUUAAUGUCUCGGGAUGGGAUUUCAGACAAGUCUAAAAAGCAGCGGGCAGGAGGUGAGACGUCCUGCAGGAACCUUCUGCUGAUUUGUUCUACAUGUGGAGUGCUGCCCAACGAGAAUCUUCCCGCGGCUACUGCCAGCAAUGCUGUGGCGUCUCUCUGGAGUUCUUGUGUGGUCCUCCCACUUCUUGCUCUUACCUGGAUGUCUGCAGUCCUAGCUAUGACAGAUCGUCGCUCUAUCCUCUUCCAAGUACUUUUUGCCGUCUUUAACUCUGUUCAGGGUUGUGUAAUCAUCACUGUGCAUUGCUUCCUGCGACGAGAGGUACAGGAAGUGGUGAAGUGUCAAAUAGGUGGGUGCCGCAAUGAUGACAAUGAAGACUCACCAAACUCCUGUAAGAAUGGCCAACUUCAAAUUAUGUCAGAUUUUGAAAAAGAUGUUGAUCUGGCAUGCCAGUCUGAUGAAAAGACCUCGUGGUACACAGCACAUGGAGAAACUGUCCUUUUUAAAGAGCUCAACACUUGCCACCCCUCAAGUGUGACAGGAGCCUUGUCCCGUAUCUCUCUAGAUGACGAUGAUGAAUUAAAGAUGCAUAAAGGUGGAGAUGGACUUAGCUUCUCACACCUCCCUGGAAACCUUUCUUCCGCUGGUGGCAUCCUUCUUCAGGUGCCCAAAAUCACACAUAAUCAAGUGAAUGAGCUUAAUGACCCCCUUCCCAAGAAGGAGAUCAACUUGGAGCGUGCCCCUCUCUAUUUAUCUCCAGAGGGCAACUUUUGGCCUUUGGACUUAGGAGAUUGUCCUCAGGAGCCCUCAUUAGAGAGUGAGUAUAUGGUGCUGCCCCGGCGGACUCUCAGUCUCAAACCUUUUGGCCGGGAACAAGGCAAACUAAAUUUUAAGCUUGCUGACCUGGGAAAAGGGCGCCAGCAAGGAGAUGCAGAAUGUUAUCCAAACUUCCUUUCUGUGGAUCACAUAAAUGUCAACCUUACCCCACCCUAUGUGCCUGCUCAUCACCAGUAUGGUUUGGCCUUUAAGCAGCCACCCUCUGUCAGGCAGAUACUAACAUCAGAGAUGAAUGAGCGCAGUCGUACCAUGCCACGCACAGUACCUGGUCCCUCAAUGAGUGCAGGCUCUCUGGAGAAGCCACACCAACCUGUCCCUGUAUUUCUUCCCCAGCGGAAACGACUGAGAUAUUCAGAUUUGGAUUUUGAGAAAGUGAUGCACACAAGAAAACGACAUUCUGAGCUUUACCAUGAACUCAAUCGCAAGUUCCAUACAUUGGAAAGGUACCGGGAUGCAAGUUCAAAGAGAGACAAGCGGUGGAGUAUAUCCUCAGGAGGAGCAGUGGAAAGAAUCUCAGCCAGCGAGAAGACAAGCCCAGCAGGACCCCAUCAAAAAGUGUGGGAUAGUUACAGAGCACGAUCUUCCCAGAUCCAUGAUCGUUUGGGCCUACGAUGUGUAGAUUGGGACCAGCCUCCUCGUAUUUCUAUGGAUAUGUCCGAUGGGGACUAUCAGACUGAGGUAUAAAGCACUUUCUUCCUCAUGUACAUUUUUCCUUGCCUCUUGGAUGUCCGCAAGAGUUUUAUACAGCAGAGAAGCAGAUACAUGGUGCUCUAGGAAUGGCGAAUGGAGUUUUACAUAACUGUUGGCAAUGGAUGUCCACAGGGACAUGAUCAAGAUGCACAUGGAUCUUUGCAACAAUAAUCAAUAAGUGGAGCCAGAAUUAUUGGACAUCAAGGAACUUCUAAAACAAAUUUAGAAACUGGCACUGGAAACAGGGAUUUGUAGCUCUUCAUGUGAAGAGGAUAUUCCCUGAAUUUGGAGAUGUAAAUCCAGGAUCACAAAUCACUUUUUCCUUUUUCUGUAUGAAAGAGACUAGUGGCUCAAAGCUACUAAUGUUGGCACUACACGUGUUGUCCACGUCACACAACAUUCUUUGUCCCUUUUCCUGGGCCUUGCUUGUCAAGUGACCACUUCAUUCCAGUUUUAUUGCCAUCCCUACUUUUCCCCCCGCUUCCUGUCACCUUGGUAUGGGCUGGAAGAGACACCUCCCUAGCCUUCACAGACUGCUAAAUGAGUUCAGAGGUAAGCCCGGCAAGACUUUGGAUGAGCCCCUUCUCUUGAGUCCUGAGGUUUCAUGUCUGCGAAGCAGAAGGAUAGGGGUCAGGCAGCACUGGGUUUUAAAAAUGCCUACAAUUUGUUUAAAAAUGAGAAAAAAUAAAAAAAAAAUCUUUUGAAACAUGAA